UUGAACAGUAGACAGUUGCCAAAUAUAGUGGUUUAAAAUAAAAGAUGGCUGAAAGUAGUGGUAGUGUAGUGUCAAAUAGCGUAAAUUCACAUAAACAAUCAACUAGUGAGCAAAGUACGGAAUCAUCGAAGAACCUUGUUCAGAAAGUGAUGGAACCGACACCGUUUUGCUUGGACGACUAUCGUGGCGAAGAAAAGCCAAAAAGCCUCGAAAAUGUUUUGUCAUUUAUACAAGAAACUGAACCAGAUGCAACGAAAACUGAUGUUCUGGUGGGCCUUAUAUACAUCUUGAUGCUGGAAACUGGUUUUAUGCCCAAAAAUACAGAGGAGCCCUCUAGGAAUGAUUAUGAUUUCAAUUUAUCAGUGGUGAUCCACCUUUCAAAACGGCUGCCAAGAGGCUGGAAGCAAGAUAAAUUAUACAGGAUGUCUUUUACAUUGCCAACUUAUGAACGACAUAUAUGUACAGUUAUUUGUUUCAAUUCGAGCGACGAGCUUUUGGUCAAUUGUAUUGUGGAUGGAGUUGAAGAGAGAGAAUUAUGUUGCUACUUGGACCCCCUUCUCUACUUCUCACAUUCAGAAAAUAAUCUGAGGAAUCUCCAUUUACAAAAUCUGCACGGUUUUUCAAUGAAGGUGAAAAAUGAAAUUUGCUAUCCUGCUCAACAAUUCAUAUUAAGAUUCAAUAAUAUCAGAGUUAGUUGUGUGGAAGCCUUGCCUACAGAAGUGAUAAUAGUUUUGAUGAAAUACCUGAAAACAAUUGAUUUUAUUGCGUUCGGAUCAACCAGUAAGGAUUUCAGGAAGUUUUUGGAUUCCAACAUAACAUGGAUUCGACGAAUUGAGAGAGAUUUUGGAAUAGAGUUAACUGAUGCGCAGAAGAAGUUCAAUAUGAGUAACUUUAUAUGUCUCUACAAAGAGACUUAUUGCCAAAAAAAUGGAUUUAAUCGCCACACAUAUUCAGACUGCCCAUACCGGACAAGUCCACGUCAUCGAAGAUGGAGGUGAAUUGUUCUGUACAUUUUUCAAUACUUCCGAGUCCGAGUUUCAGAAAUAUUGUGAAAAUUCUGAUUUUGAAAUUUCUUGUUGAGAGAAAUACUUCACGACAAUAAUAGUGAGAUUUAUGUUAGUGAGAAUUUGAUUAUGAUAAUUUCAAAUAAUUGUUUCCUAUGUUUUCUUGUUAAACUCCUAGAAUUAGUGAAAACGUGCAAUUUUUCACAAUUUCGAAAUUUUAUCCAUUGAAUCAGACAAUUUCUAAUUAUGUCAAUUUUUUGUACACAUCUACACAUCCUUUUUUUUCAUAGACUCCUCAGUCUCAUCACUACAUUUUUUCUUUCGUUUACCGGUAUAAUGAACUGUUAAGAUCCCAAGAAAACAUAGAUUUUGUAAAAAAUUAUAACUUGAAAAUUUUUAGAUUUAUUUAUAUUUUCAUAUUAGAGUGACACAGUUAUGUACGUAGUUUUUAUAAAUACUAGUUUUCUCUUUUUGUCUUAACAUAUUUCAUUAAAUGGUAACUUAUAGGCUAGGCUGUUGACUUUUUUUAUGGACAAUGUAAAUGUACAGUUUUGCUAUAUUAAUUUUUUUAUAUAUUCAUCAAUGUAAUAUUAUUCAUUCAGUACUUACAUGCUAUUUUAACCUAACUAAUGAUGUUUUGUAACUAAUGAUGAUGUUUUGUAUUUUAGAUUUACACGUAAUAAACCAAAGAAAUUAAACUCUUGUGAUUGUAGCUCGUAGUAUGUUAAAUGUAAGUACUUAUUUAUUUUGAGAGAGUUUAAAAAAUUGAAUAAACAUUUUUGAAAGUUUCAA